AUGCCAAUUGAUGCCUUGCCAGAAAUCACAAGCCGUGCUCUCACCUCAUCGCUCGUUCUAACCGAUGCUAAAUCUGUCGUCAAGGAGCUUGUGGAUAACGCUCUAGACGCCCGAGCAACAAUAAUCAGCGUCGAAAUAUCUAACAACGCACUGGAUGUCAUUCAGGUAAAGGACAAUGGCACAGGCAUUGACGUCCAAGAUCGCCAACUGCUCUGCAAGCGAGGCUGUACUUCUAAGAUCAGGUCACUUGAAGAUCUCGAUCGACUUGGCGGCUCCUAUCUUGGGUUCCGAGGUGAAGCACUGGCGAGCAUUGUCGAAUUAAGCCAGGCAGUAAUUGUCACUACCCGAGUCGACGGGGAAGUUGUAGGGACCUCCAUCAAGUAUAUUGCCUCGGGGAUGCUCAGUUUCAGUUCUUCUUCAGCCUCCCAUCCUGUCGGGACGACGAUUCGCGUACAGGAUUUCCUCACGAAAAUACCGGUUAGAAAACAGACGGCGUUGAAGGAAAGCAUGAAGACCUUGCACGCUAUAAGAUCUCUCCUAUUCUCCUUCGCUUUCGCUAGACCGGAAGUACGUCUCUCGUUGAAGAUACUGAAAGGAAAGAACGACAAGAUCAAUUGGACUUACGCACCCGCCUCGAUAGCUUCAAUUACAGAAGUGGCGACGAAAAUUGUGGGGAAGGAUAUUGUGACUGAAUGUACUGCACACAACAUCUCUUCGGAAGAUUGUGACGUCGAUCUUGACAAUGGCUGGAGCAUCAAUGCUCUGUUGCUCUCAGCGGCACCAGGUUCUGCCAAUGCCCGUAACGCUAGGCAAUACAUUUCUAUCGACGGCCGUCCCGUCAGUACGGAUCGAGGCACGAUGCGGGAAGUGGCCAAGUCUUAUAAGCGUCACCUUCACAAGGCUCUCUCAUCCUCUGAGGGGUCUUCGGUCUCGAGACCCUUCCUCUUCAUGCAGAUUCGGUGCCCCUCGGGAAGCUACGACGUCAACGUAGAGCCCACCAAGGACGAAGUCCUUUUUGCUCGACCUGAUCAGUUGCUAUCUCUAGUGGAAUGCUUGUUUACCCGAGCAUAUUCCGGGGUUGGAGAACACACUAUUGAUGUAUUAGAAGAUGCUUGGACCACGCCAUCUCGAGCAAUGGUUCCCACAUCUCCCCAAGACAAAUGUCGUAUAGGCCUGGACCAUGCCGAAUUGGAAGAGGGUUCAGUGCAACGAGACAACAUCCCUGUCGCACUCGAUGCGGAAGAAAUGCUGACACACCCGUCAAGUACGAGAAAUCCCUUCACAAUUGCUGCAAUGACUGCACAAGUCAAACCCAAAAGGAUGGACACAGACCAAGACAGGUCAUCGUCUAGUAUGAACGCGACUGCUCUGACGGACGAAGAAGAGGUCGAGACGUUCAAGAACAUCCGCACAAUAGUGACAGGCUCACGGAAGCCUUCAGCAUCUCCCUCAGGCAGUUCGAGUCUCAGUCUUACUUUGACACCCAACCCAGGCCUGUCCAUGAGACGACUGUUCAAAGCGUCAACGGCCACAGAAGAUGAACAAGUAGGCCUACGCAUCUCAGAUGACAGCAACAGUGUCAGCGUGGCGCAAAAGUCAAAUCUGCAGACAUGGCUAUCGCUGAAGCCCGGAUUUUAUCAGGCUUCAAGCGCGAGUGUCAUCAGUCCGAAUAUUCAAGCCCCGAAUUCGCCAAUGAACGCUCCUGAUGUCCCGAACCUGAGGUCGAGGUCCCAUAACAGCAUGUUGUCACCCCCGUCCAGCCGUCAAACGCGUCGAGGAUGGGGACCAAGCCAAAAACCCUUUAAAGUCCCGCUGAGACGCCAAGAUCAAGCUGAAUCUUCUGGAGCCUUAUCCCCAACACCACCUUCAAGUCGUCGUGGUCAUGGCCAGCUGUCAUUGCAGAGGGGCCUUCGAGGAGUUCCCGCAGUGUCUGAGCCGGGUGAAGAUGACAGUGAAGAUAUCCAUUCUGACCUACAGUUUCAAUUGGAAAGGACCACAGCGGGUCUUGAAAGGUCACCAGAAAAUGGGCUUCUGCAGCCAAAUUCCGAGCUAGACGACAUUAUGGAUUUCGAGUAUAGAAAGAAAGCUGCCAUAGCUCAUCAGAAAAGGGUUUUCGGGCUUCUUAACUCUACUUCUCCCCAGGAAGGCGUGGGCAGAUCAAGGCAGCCUGAGUCAAGUUCUGGGCCGGUACCGCUUUCUGGCGGGGAGGAAUUAGUAGAGGAUGCAAACAUUGAGGAUUACGAUGCGAGAUUUGGCAACUCAAAAUCUCGAGCCGCGGUACCAUCGACGUCGAAUCCACAUCGGAAUCGCUACCUGAAGGCCUUGAAGGACCUGUCACACUCCCAUCCACAGCCCGAAGGUGAAAUUCCUCUCGAGAGUGCCGAGCAGAGCAACCUUUCAGAUACGCAGAUACCAGCGGGCGCUCUGAAGAAACCCGAGCUUCCCACCGACGACCCACGAGCUUACUUUAUGAGGCAACAGCAGAAAAGCGGGAAUAGGAAGAUCUACCGAACUAAGUCAUCCAAGUUACCUCUCGAGAGGACUCCUCCAGAAUUGACGACAUUCAACCUUGUUCUCACCACGAAUGACUUCAAGGACACCAAAGGCUUGUAUAGAAAAGUCCGGAAGCUAGGUUUCAGUGAUUCCUACAUCACUCAUGACCAGGCGCAAUACACAGAUUUCGACGAUUUGCAUGCGUCAAUAGACACUAAAUAUGGACCUGUCCUGCAAAAGAUGGUCAAGACAAUGUUUCGCGGCAAAGCAGAAGAUGGGAGUGACCAUGUUCCAGAGGAUCUGAAAAUUUUCGAUGUCAAAGUCAUCUGA